UUUAGGGUUUGCGCAUUUCUAGGGGGAAUAAAAACGCAACAAAUGAAACCGCUGCGGUCAUACAAGGAACUGAAAUCGAAAGUAUCAAUCGAUAUCGAUACAGGUGGUAUCGACCUCGCGAAUGUUUGGAUCGAUCCGCCCACCACUAGACUAGACUGGGCGAUUAUUAACAUAUCAGGUGAAGGAAGCAGCAGGGUCGUAGCUAGCCGGACAGAGAUGACACCCCCGAGCUGGUCCUGUGCCAGAGACCAGUCCUGAGGAGAGGAACAACCGGGUUAGUUCAUGGGACGACGCUGAUUAGCACUUACUAACUUAGCUCAGACUAGGACAUGUUGCCACAGAUGGAGUGGGACGCGGCGGACGGCGUCCCGGAGGAGCCGAUGGACCUGGGGGAGCUGGCGGACGAGCCCCCUUCCCUUCCUGAGCAUCCUCAGUCAAAACCGAGCGCCAGCCACAUCUCGGAGCUCGAGUUCUCGUGCCACUGUUGCUACGACAUCUUGGUCAACCCCACCACUUUGACCUGCGGCCACAACUUCUGCCGCCACUGUCUGGCUCUGUGGUGGGAAUCCUCGCACAGGAACGAGUGCCCCGAGUGCCGGGAGAAGUGGGAAGGCUUUCCUAAAAUCAACAUACUCCUGAGGGAUGCGACUGAUAAGUUCUUCAGUGAUGUUGUUCAGCGACGAAGAGCGGAAAUCCAGGACAAUCCCAAAAUCUCCCGGAGCUUGCUGGCCUUUCAGAGAUACGGUGACAACCUGGGAAGAUCGAGGACGAAUCAGAACAAAGGAGCAGGUUUCUUCUUCUCUGGUGUCCUGACGGCGCUCUCAUGUGUAGCUGUGAUGGUGCUGGUGUACCACUGGAGCAGUGGUGUGUUGGAACAGCACGACCUGUUGAUCAGUAAACCCGUGUCUCACUGGACCCCGGAGGAGGUCGUGUCGUGGCUGGAACACCUGGGGCCCUGGGCCCAGCUGUACAGGGAGCCGUUCCUGCAGGAAAACGUCAAUGGAAGGCUCCUGUUGAUGCUGGGCGAUGAAGAGCUGUUGAAGCCUCCGUACAGCAUCGAAAACCAGGCCCACAGACGAGCUGUUCUGGCUGAACUGGACAGAGUCAAAGCUCUGGGGGUCAAACCUCCACAGAACCUCUGGGAAUACAAGGCGGCUAACGCGGGGAAGUCUCUGUUCUUGCUGUACGCACUGAAGCGCUCCCCUCGCCUCACAAUCUUUUAUUUGUAUUUAUUCGACUACUCUGAGACGUUCCUGCCCUUCCUUCACACCUGUUGUCCGGCCGUCGCGCACGGCGACCAGUCAGCGGAGAGCACGUUCCUCGACACGCAGUUGGAACCCAGCUGGAGACAGUGGGGAGAGUUUCUGGUGAAAUUCUGCCUCCUCCCAUACCAGCUGAUUGCAGAGUUCGCCUGGGACUGGUUGUCCGUCCACUACUGGACGUCCCGCUUCAUUAUCGUCAACGCCAUGCUGCUGUCUGUGCUGGAAGGCUGCGCCCUGUGGAGGCUUUGGACCAGAGCCAGGAUCAGGACUUUGCCGCAUAAGAUGUGGAACCACUUAUGGAAGAUGCUCUCUCAGGGAUUCGCAUUCGCCCUCCUGUGGCCUUUUAUCCCGCAGUUCGUGUGCAACUGCCUCUUCUACUGGGCUCUCUACUUCAGCCCCAUCAUCAACAUAGACCUGGUGGUGCAGCAGCUGAUGCACCCGGAAACGCAGGCGCUGUGACGGGCCCCGAAUGUAGCCGGCGCCUGAGCGACGCCGCCGUACAGUUCGCAGCAAAUAAAAAUACUCGGCGGUGCGUUUUUUUUUUUUUCCUCGAAGAGAUGGGUUUCGUUUGUCAGCGGUAAACCCACGUGAGCCUGGCUUUGUUUGCUGCUGGGGAGGAAGUUUUCUGGCCUCCUGCCUUGUCUUUUCUGCUCGACGGCUGCCACGUGGACCGAGGGAGGCACGAAGACGCCGUCGGAGGAACAGAAGCAUCGGGAUGCGUGAGAUACGUCUACAAGUGCGUCCUCUGACCACGGCGCCUAAAUGGUCCGUGGGGGAGGGAGGCAGUUGAGAUCAGGGUGACGAGGAGAUACCGGUAGCUUUGUAGCACUGACGUAGGUUUAGUCCAGUGAAAGGUGAGUCGAUUAUGCACUAAAUGUGGAACAAAAAAGGACGCAUUCAUUCUCGUUUGACUUGUGUCACCAAAUGUCUCCUCGGCAUGUUAAUCCACACUUAGACCAACGAACAGCCGCCGCUUCCGAAGUAUCCGCUUGAAUGAAGCAGCAUUGUAACUGUAUAUAAAUCCUCAUCGUUCUGCAAACGUUUUCCAUGUGGCUCUGGCUGUGAAAUCUCAGUGCGAUGUAAGAGCUGUCCAUGCGCUCACUUAGGGCUGGUAUCAUGAACAUGAAUCGUUUCAGAUGUCGGGGUUUGUUGUUGCUGCAGCCUGUCAGGAACCUCAAACUUUUAACGCAAGCUCAAGGAAACAGAACAAGUUGAAGCCUUGUUGAACUACUGUAGUUUGUUCCAAGCUGGGCUCUUUACAUUUGAAACAAAACCCAUGUUCUUAAAGAAAUGUUGAGAUACAGACCAGUUCAAAGUUUUAUGUUUUUAAAGCGAACCAGUUUUUUUUUUUUAAUUUGCUUGUACCGUUGCCAGAUAUUACGUUGCACAUUUUAUAUUGUUUAGAUACAUUUUUGUCUCGCAGUACUUUUCCAUUUCAUUGAUGGACCAAGCUAAUCAGAGAUUGGGUUUAUUUUUUACAUUGUUCGUUUGCACUUAAAAAAUGAUACACUGUGAUUUUGUUCUUCUGUGUUCUCUAAUAAAAAAAAAAAAAUAUAAGUAAUAAAGAUUUUUAAAUAAUGUUCA